AUGGACCACGGCCUCAAUGGAACUGUGACAUACUCACUGUGGGGAGAAGGAUGGCAGACAUUCAAGAUCGAAGAAUAUACAGGAACGAUCACCCUGCAACAGCAACUUGAUUAUGAGAACAUCACUUCCUACAACCUUGCUGUCAUUGCAAAGGAUGGUGGGCAACCACCACUGAAUUCAAGCAUCCCACUAUUUAUAAAUGUAACAGAUGUCAAUGACAAUGAACCUAUCUUCGAGCGACUUGACUACAACGCCUCUGUCCCCCGUAAUGUGCGAACGGAUGUGGUUGUGGUGAAUGUCUCAGCAACAGACCGAGAUACUGGUAAAAACGGGGCUGUUUGGUACAAUAUCACAGGUCUUUUUGCCUUGACACCUGCUGAUAAGGAGAUCGAGGCCAACUUGUUCCGAAUAGACAAUGUGACUGGUGCAAUAUACGUCACAGCGGACUUCAUUAAAGAUACUACUUCACAUCAGUACGCACUCCUUGUCAUGGCACUGGAUAUGGGCAGCCCAUCUUUGAAUAGCAUCACAAAGAUAUCUGUAGAUGUUUCCAGCACUAACCUUUACCCACCUGAGUUCCGCGGUGUAGAUGCAAGUCACCAGAUGUUUGAAGACGACGGAAGAAGACCCUGGCAGUCCAGGCAUGUCAUUGAUAUCAGAGCAUCUGAUAACGACACAGAUUCUGAGGGAGAAGUCGAGUUCAGUCUGGCUGAAGGCAUCUCUGAAGACCUGUUCAGUCUCAGUGUCAGUCCCACUGUUGGUGACCAGGACUUCUUCAGGGCAGAAAUAUGGACCAAGUCACAACUGGAUCGUGAGAAACACCCAGAAGGUAUUAUCUUACAGGUACUAGCCAUUGACCAGGGUGUGACUCCCAAGACCAGCACUGCAACAGUCCACAUCACAUUGAAGGAUCUUAACGACAACCCUCCAGAACUGCACCUUCCUGAGGAUGAUGUAAUCAUCUCACAGUCCUCAGAUGUUGGGACAUUGGUUCUUCAAGUAAAUGUAACAGAUCCGGAUCAAGAGGGGCAACUACACUACCAAAUCCAGGAUAACUCCGACGAUACCCUGGUCAUGGAAUCAACCACAGGAGAUAUAUAUCUUCAGAAAAAAAUCAACGAAUCACUUCAGGACAUCACAAACUUUGUCAUUGUAGAAGUGCAAGACUGGGACCCAGAGAUCGAAGAUCAGCGGGGGACAGAAAAAAACGUUGGUGGCCUAACAAUCAUCUUUAGAUAUGACAAUCCAAACGAACACCCUCCUAUGUUUGAACCAAACGACUAUAAAACAGUAUUAGAUGACUUCCUGCCUGUUGGUUCGAACUUGACAAAUCUCAAUAUCUCUGCUUGUGACAUGGAUUGCCCUGAUAGCUGUGAGACUGUGGGUCCAGUUACAAACUGCAGUAAAGAAGGAACGAUCGUCUACAGCAUUAAGGAAAAUGUGAGGGACAUCUUUUCCAUCAACGAAAUGACAGGUGUCAUCACCACCACGUGGCCCUUUGACAAAGCAACUGAAAACUACACCCUGAUCAUUGCUGCCACUGAUCAGGCUGAUAUCCCACGUUCAGGGACAGCUACAGUCAGAGUUUUUGUUACAGAAAGCCUAGAAAAUCCCACCGACGGGCCAUCACAGCCCAGUCCAGGAAUGUGUACUGAUGGUAUCAUAGAUACACAGCUUCAAGCUGAGAACGAACAACUCACUUACAUUAUGGAGUAGGAGCCGUGGCGGGUUUACUGGCCCUGAUCACUGGUGGCGUCACCACCAAGCUCAUCUUCAGUCUUCGACGCAU